CCUCCUAGUGAUGAUGUUCUGUCAGCUGGCAGUACCAGUUGGAGCGCUUAUCAUUGCAAACACCUCAGAUAGAUUGCGUGAGACGUUAUACUGGUGUGACUGGAUGAGUCAGCCACGAGAGAUACAACGAGCCAUCAUUACGAUGCAGACUGUUGCAAACAGACCUCUCCAUCUCACUUCAGGGAGACUCUACAACCUCAGUUUGGAGUCAUACACUAAGGUGCUGAGUGCUGUUUAUAGCUACACCAAUGUUCUACAAUCACUUAGAAGUUGAAUAAUAUGCUACAACAGUACACAUGGUCACUUGCACUCUAGUAGAAGUAUGUAUCAUCUUCAUCAACUUAUGUUUUAACCAGUCAGAAAAAUAA